AUGAGCGUGAGGCCCAAUUCCAUCCCGCUGCAGUUCCUGCCCGAUGAGGCCCGGAGCUUACCACCGCCGAAGCUGACGGACCCGCGGAUCCUCUACACGGGCUUCAUGGGCUACUGCGCCGGGCUGUUGGAUAACCCGCUCAAUCGCCGGCCGGUGGCGGCCGCUGGUUUGCAUCGCCAGCUCCUGUAUGUCACUUCAUUCUUUUUUGUGGGAUAUUACCUUAUUAAACGCCAAGACUUUAAGUAUGCUGAAAGGGACCGUGAUAUGUUUAAGUAUAUGAAAUUACAUCCAGAAGAUUUCAAAGAAAAAGAAACGAAAACUUUUGCUGAAAUUCUUGAAGAUUUUUAUCCAGUUCGCUGAAACUUCUCACCCUGCUUGCUUUUAUUGUUUUCCCAAGAGCUUUUGUUGAUGAACUCAAUGGGAUAUAUUUCUGAUAUAUCUCA